GUUGCACUUGGUGCUCCAGGCCGCUAGGGGGCGGCGCUGCCGGCAUCACGUGACCGGGUGAGGAGGAGGAGGCGGCGGUGGCGACGGCCGUUGGGAUUCGCUUCAGCCGGAGCACAUGCAGCAUGUCCACUGCACCAUUCCUGACCAUUAUUCAGGGGGAGGCCUCUGAGACAGACUCUGACGAGGAGCUCUAUCUCACAUCCACGUCGCCACCAUGCAUCUUGCAGACGGGAGCGAAAGUGGCCGGAGAAGCAUCGGAAACGGACGACGAAGAUUCGGUCAGCGUAGAGUCUGCGACAGCGCAAGACAUCCAACAGGCCAUUCAGCAGAGUCUGCCACCGCUGGUCGUAGUGCGUGACAAGCAAGCGGAGGUCCUGACCGUGGUGGAGGAGAAGCCGGUUGUGAAGAUUCGCCAUCAGGGUCGGUACAGCAGUUUGCUGCAGCAGAAACUGAGGGAGAGCAAUGUGCGUCUUAACCACAACGUGGAGCAGGCCGUCAAACAGAUGUACGAGAAUGCCACCAAGGAGAUUCGCACCGCCACCAGCCACCUCAGCACUUCCCAGAAUGGCAUCAUUAACGCUUCGCACAGCAUCCGGUUAAUCCUGGAUGACUUAAAAUCAGUGACAGAAAAGAUGGACAUAAUCACAAGCUGCAGCUUGCUCCCCGACAUCCAGAUUCCACCUCGUCAGCAAGUUUAGUGCAUGUUUGACUUAGUUUACAGAGAGUUAAACUUUAGUUAUGAUUUCAAGGCUCUAGGCUAUCUCAGUAGUGGAGUGCCUCGGGCAAAUUACGUGUGCUGACUACUUGAAUAAUUGCAUUUCAGAUGAAUACAAAGGUACCGUGCCCUAGUGAAGCAGCUACUUAGAGUGGAUUCUUUACACUGAGCUCAGGAAUUUCUGUGUGAAUUGUCUUGUGGCAUUUUACCUAUCACAGCUUAAUGAGACCUAACACACGUGAAAGAAGUUAAGAACUAUGCAAGUAAAGUGUGAAGCUAAGUUAUGCCAUUGUUUUUCCAGUUUAUCGGUAUUGUGAACCAAAGGAAGGAAAAUAUCUCAGAUAUGCUUCAAACUUGCUACUUCAAACCGAUAUGCCUCUUGCAUGACACCCUUAACUCACUGACACUAAUUAUUUGCAGUAUUACUAAUUGUAUGCACUAACAAUCCAUCAUAUUUUAGAGCUCAAAUUCGCUCAGUCUUUAGGCCAUAUCCACCUCCUGAUCGGCUUCUUUAUAGCUCAGACAUUAUCCUGUUUAUUAUUAUGUUUUGUUGAAAUAAUAAAGACUUCUCUGGAAUGGGUUUAUCAUUGCAUCUGGUAAUUAAGUUAUGCUGAACAGUCAACGAUCUGACACACUCAGUAGGCCUGAUGUUCAUGAUAUCAUAUUGCAUGUGCAUUGUGAUGAUGCCACGAGUUGGACUAAAUUUUACCUUAUAUAUAUGUUGAUAUAACGAUUCUGAAUGUACCAGUAAACCAUUUUUGCACAUUU